CGAUGCUGAGCAGGACAUCUUGGUCUAGCAGUAGGUAGCGGUUUGGACUGCAGCAAGAUGGGUGGAAGACAGACCGUCUGCAGGUGGACGCUGCUCCUGUUCUCUUUCGUACACGUUGCAGCUUUUAUAAAAAAACUUCCUCAAAUCCUUCUUCAUUGUUGUCGGCUUCAGAUAAAAGUACCUGUAUAAGGCAAACAACAGCUACAGUAUGAGGAUAAAAGGCUGUUCUGAUGCAUGCAAGUACAGUUGCAGUAUGAACCAACUACAGUUGAAUUACCACGCUUCUUCAGUAUUGAUUAUGAAAAUGACCAGUUCCUUCUGAAUGGAAGUCCAUUCCGGUAUGUGUCUGGAUCACUGCAUUAUUUUCGGGUUCCUCGAGCUUACUGGCGAGAUCGCUUGCGCAAACUGAGAGCUGCAGGACUUAAUGCUGUUUCCACGUAUGUAGAGUGGAGCCAACAUGAACCUUCACCAGGCCGCUUUGAAUUCUCUGGAGAGCUUGAUCUCCAGUACUUCAUUCGUUUGGCACAAGAAGAGGACCUUCUAGUCCUCCUUCGACCUGGUCCUUACAUAUGUGCUGAGAGGGAUAUGGGAGGCCUUCCACCCUGGCUGCUAACAGUAAAACCAGACAUUUAUCUUCGCACCAAUGAUACAACCUACAUGGAGUAUGUAGAGAGGUACCUGAAUUAUGUGUUGACCAGUGUACAAGUCUACUUGUAUGGAAAUGGUGGACCAAUCAUCAUGGUGCAGAUUGAAAAUGAAUAUGGCAGUUACCAGGCAUGUGACUCAAGCUACAUGACUCAACUGCGGGAUAUUGUUAAAAGUAAAGUGGGUGAUGCUGCUGUGUUAUACUCUACAGAUGGAGCGGGAUUGUCAUUUCUUAGAUGUGGGAAAAUUGAAGGUGUUUAUGCAACAGUAGACUUUGGAGCAGAUACAAAUGUGGAUACAGCAUUUUUAGCCCAGCGGAUAUAUGAACCCCAUGGUCCGCUUGUAAACUCAGAGUUCUAUACAGGCUGGCUGACCCAUUGGGGAGAGCCAUUCCAGAGUGUCGGCACUGAGACAAUAGUGAAUACUCUAGACGAGAUACUGGCUCGCAAUGCUUCUGUUAAUUUCUUCAUGUUUCACGGAGGCACCAACUUUGGAUUCUUGGCAGGUGCCAAUUUUGGAGACAACUACCAACCCCAGCUUACUUCUUAUGACUAUGAUGCCCCUAUCACAGAGGCAGGGGAUCCUACUAGUAAAUACUUUGCCAUAAGAGAGGUCAUUGGUAGGUAUCUACCACUGCUAAAUAAUACUGCACCCAUACCUGCACCUAAGGGUAGUUACAACACAAUAAUAUUAAACCCCAUUGCUUCACUAUUGGACCAAAGUAUCAGGCAAGCAUUGGGCAAAGAGCCACUCAGAAGCAAAUUCCCCCUUACAUUUGAGGACCUCGGUCAGCACUAUGGUUUUGUGUUGUAUGAGACUACUCUGGCACGCUCUGUGCCAGAUCCAGCACUGUUCAACAUCCCAGGUCUCGGAGACAGGGCAGUUGUGCUACUGGAUGAUGUACCCAAAGGAAUUUUGAGUCGCAGUGAGAAAAUUACAUCAAUGCCCCUGUCACUUUCUGAAGGCACCAAAAUCCAGGUUCUAGUGGAAAAUCAAGGACGUAUCAACUAUGGUUCCUUGAUAAAUGACUUCAAGGGGCUUCUCUCCAAUGCAACACUUGGAGGAGAUGUGCUGGAAGACUGGAUAAUUACUGGCUUUCCUCUGCAUGAAAUUUCAAGUCUUGGUGUCAACAGUACUUACAAUUAUACCUUCUCAUGUCCGGCGUUCUUCCGUGGAACAUUUGAACUCCCAGAGUCUUAUUCUGAGCCACUUGAUACAUUUCUAGAUCCAAGAGGAUGGGGAAAGGGAGUGGCUUUCAUCAAUGGUUUCAACAUAGGACGAUACUGGCCAAUUCUUGGACCCCAGGUGACAUUGUAUGUCCCAGGUUGCCAUUUAAAGCCAUACCCAGCUCUCAAUGAAUUGGUGCUGCUGGAACUGGAGAAAGCAAACAGUCCGCAUUACACCGUGAGUUUUGUACCAGAGCCAAUACUGGAUGAACGGCCACCUGCGUAUGCUGCAGCCAGUCAUACGUCACAUUUCCUGGUGCCCCCACAGCUGAAUCAAGGGCCACAGACAAGUGUUACCAUACUUGCAGUAUAAUGCAGGUCUACUUACCCGUAACAUUUUAUUAUUUUAACUCUUUCCAUGCUGAUUAUUUUGUUUUAGAAUUCUUUUAUAGGUAAGUGUCCAUUGCUUUGAACUGUCAAGAGAUGGAAAUGCUCCUUUGUACCAUUAUACAUUGAAGCCAGUCAGAGCUAGAGGUAUGUUUCACACAAUCCAUCUCAUUCAUAGCUUACAAAGGAUUAAGUAUGAAAUAAGGAGCAAUUAUACAUGCUCAUGUAACAUGUAAUCAUAGGUCCAAAGAGAUUAUCCAUAAGAUGGAUGAUUAUAUGUACUCAUGUAAAAUGCAAGCAUCAGAAGCUAAAAGAAGUUCCUUCUAGGACCAGGGAAACAGAAAUACUGCUUCUUUAAGUUAUCUGAAUAUAAAGUGCAUCAUUGUCACAGAGAUGAAAGGGGUUUAGAAACUCUUGCAAAUAAGAAAUACUUGGAAGAACUUAAUUAAGCCAAUUUGCCUUUCUUAGUUUGCAACUUCAGCAACGCCAUUUUAACACUGCAGCUGUUGGAGUAAAGAGCCACUACUUAUAUACAGCUAUCAGUAAUUACUAGCAGUAAUACACUAAACAUAUUAACUACUGGGAACAAACCCAGGCACUUCAUAUAACAAAAUGACAAUAGGAUAGCUUUUUUUAGACAUACUUUUUAUUUUCUCCUGCCAAUUAUCACUCCUUCACUUGUACCACCCAAGGUAUGCUAUGGGAUAUUCUAGCUAGUAUAUUAUACCUCAUUCUUGGUGCUUCAUCUCUGGUAUGGCACUUGGCUGGUCUUGGAAGUGCCAAUAUCUUAACUCUCCAGCAUUGAUUUUAUAAUAUUUAUAUGAUUUCAUACCAUGUAAUUUUUAUUAUUAUAUUUAUAUAAAAAUCUUAAAUGAA